AUGCUAAAUUCUUAUUACCUGAAGGCUUUUGAUGAUGAAAAGAUAAAAAAAGCUCUCCAAUUUAAUAACAAAUGGAAACUUUCUGGAAUCCAGAAGAUCCAUUACAAUUCUCUAAUAAAAAUCAUAGGAGGGUUUGGGACAAGUUCAGGAAAGUUGAUUUGGCCAAAUAGUCUGACGACAACCCCUGAAGGCGAUUUGGCGGUGAAAGACAGUGGCACUGGGAAUAUCCAGAUCUUCACCAUUGAUGGUCGCCCUAAACAACGUUUUUCAUAUGGAUUUGAACCAAUAAAAGGGCUCGGAGAUAUCACGUGCAUGAAAAAUGGCGUGUUACUUGUGACAAAUGGAACUAAGAUCAUUCAGCUCUUCUCUAAGGAUGGAGAUCUGAUCCACGAACUGAAAUCUCCCAAAGUCACCUGGCCUUAUUCAUAUGGGAUAACAGUCCUGAAGUCCAACAAAAUUGCAGUGUCUGACUGGACCAAUGGAGGAAAAAUCAACAUCAUUGGAGUGGACUGGAGAAUGAAUGCCAUCCUGAAGACAAACUCAAUAGAGGGAUUCCACAGGCCGGUGCGUAUGGCAGUCAAUGAGAAUGAAGAUAUGCUAGUUACAGAAGGUCAACUGUUUGGAAGAUUUCAGGGCUGCUGCAUCAAAGUUAUCGACAGGGAACAAAGCCUGAAAAAGACCAUAGGUCCCCAUCAUGGGAAAAAAUUCAGUUUUGAAAACCCUUCUGGAGUCUGUGUAGAUUGUCAUGGAAACAUCUUAGUUACUGAUGAAGGUCAAAACUGCAUUGUGAUGUUUAAUCCUGAUUCAACCCUCUGUGAUGUUGUGGUGAAUGAGGGCUUGCAAGGACCAAGUGGUAUCUCCAUGCUGGAACAUGGGCUGAUGGCUGUAGCUGACUGUUAUCACCACUGUGUUAAAAUCUUUAGGUACAAGUAA